GAAAACCGCGUUGUUUCCAAAUCCCGUUCCUCUUUCUUCCAACCUUUCAAGAUGCCUACUAAGACGUCCAAGACCAGGAAGCUCCGUGGACAUGUAAGCCACGGACACGGUCGAGUUGGCAAGCACAGAAAGCAUCCUGGAGGUCGUGGUAAUGCUGGUGGCAUGCAUCACCACAGGAUCAACUUUGAUAAAUACCAUCCCGGGUACUUUGGAAAAGUGGGUAUGAGACAUUACCACUUGAAGAGGAACACAAAGUACUGCCCUACCAUCAACCUGGACAAGCUCUGGACACUGGUGAGCGAGCAGACCAGGGUCAACUACAGCAAGAAGCCUGAUGGUCCCGCACCCAUCAUUGACGCCGUGCGCGCCGGUUACUACAAAGUUUUGGGGAAAGGAAAGCUGCCCAAACAACCCGUCAUCGUUAAGGCCAAAUUCUUCAGCCGACGGGCUGAGGAAAAAAUCAAGUCCGUGGGAGGAGCCUGUGUGCUGAUGGCAUAAACAACUGCAUUUUGAGAAAAAUUAAACUGUAUAAAUACACAA